AUGCAUUCAGUGAAGCGUCUCCUAUGCAAUACACAUUUCACCCGGAGCUUGAUAAAGAGAGAGGAAUCGUACCGGAGGUUGAUAUACAGCUUCGUGAAUCGGUUUCAAUCGCAACGGUCGAAAGCAGACAAGGUUGAUUCAGACGCACUCAAAGAAUCGAGUGUUGCUGUUGAAGCUUCGUUGAGGCGUAGAAAGGAUGGCAUUGGUGGUUGGAGUAGUGGGGAUGAUGAUUUGAGCGAGAUUAAGGAGAAAAAGUUGGAGGUUUCAUGGCUUCCAAAGGCGCUUGAGCCGGCUCUGCAGUUGUGCAGGUGGGCUCUGGCUGGCCCAACAGGGAAUGCAGUGGCAAACAAACCCCCGCCAAGUACUCGAUCCGUAUCGGAGAUCAUUUCAAGCAUCCAACACAGUAAGACAGGCAUUCAAGAUUGGAGUUUGAGUGAUCUCACCGUGGGUUUAUUUCUUAUUUAUCUUCGUCAAUCGUCUGUAAAUCCAUUUGAGAAUAUUAAUGGUGUUCAGGUCUCAUCAGAUAGAUUGGUACAAGACCUUAUUUACCAUGUCGAGUUGGCGAAAGGUUGUUAUAAGGACAAUACUGCUGCUCUCGCAAGGAACUGCAUGCUUCGAGAAAGCAAUGUCUUGAAGUUUGUCAAAAAUUCUAAUGUCAUGAGGCCGGGUUAUUAUAUAGGGAUUGAUACUCGUAGAAAACUUGUGAUUCUAGGAAUCCGUGGAACUCAUACUGUGUAUGACCUUAUUACUGACGUUGUUUCUUCAAGUGAUGGUGAUGUCACUUUUGAAGGGUUUUCAACCCACUUCGGCACUGCAGAAGCUGCCCGUUGGUUUCUUACUCAUGAAAUGGGAUAUAUAAAGAAGUGCUUGGAGAAGUAUGAGGGAUUUAAGUUAAGGCUUGUGGGUCAUUCUCUUGGAGGUGCUACAGCUGCUCUACUAGCAAUAAUGCUCCGUAAAAAAUCGUACAAGGAGCUAGGGUUUAGCCCAGAGAUUGUUUCUGCUGUCGGAUAUGCAGCGCCACCUUGUGUCUCCAAAGAGCUUGCUGAAAGCUGCUCUGGUUAUGUCAGAACUGUUGUGAUGCAGGAUGAUAUUAUACCUAGACUUAGUGUAGCAUCUCUUAAAAGGUUGAGGGAUGAAAUUCUUCAAACUGAUUGGAUGAGUGUGAUUGAGAAGGAAGACUGGAGAAGUGUCAUAGGUUUGGUGACAAAUGCAAAGCAGGUUGUAUCUUCGGUGCAAGACGUUGCAGCAAAACUUACUGAUUAUACAAAGUUCAAGAGCAAUAAUGAUUCCCCAGAUGAUCCCAUGAUAAAGAAGGUACCCACUGAUUCCAGAGUUCCUUUAAACGAAAAAACUGUAAGAGAUAUUGCUGUUGGUAGUCCAAAUGGAGGAGCUGCCAGUGGAGUGCCUGAGGAGUUAUUCGUACCAGGUACUGUUUACUACCUAAAGAGAAAUGUGGAUGCUCAUACUAGUGAUUAUUUCACACUUUGGAAGAGGAAUCCGGGUGAACAUUUUGAGAGGAUUGUGCUUUCAAGCAACUUAAUAUCAGACCACAAGUGUGAUAGCCAUUAUUAUGCGUUAAGAGAUGUGCUCAAAGGUUUGCCCUCCUCCAAUGAUGAAGGCAAUUCUCAUAAUUAAUCAGAACAAAGUGCUAUGAUUUGUUCCCUGUAAAAAUGUAACUUGAUGUCAGAAUUAUUGACCACCUCAAGUUGUAAUUUUGACACUUGUUGAGUAAUUAAAAUGAUCUUUCGAAU